AUGCAUUCAAUUCUAAAAUCAACUUGCACAACUUUUCGAACAUAUGUAACAAUUUUACAAAAACCUCGAACUUUAUUAGGUUUAGGAAAUUUAUGUGAUAACCCUGGAGCAACAAAGCAGCGUAAACGUGUUGGUCGCGGGCCUGCCUCAGGACAUGGCAAAACCUGCGGUCGAGGUCAAAAGGGUCAGAAAGCAAGAGGUGGUACUAGACGUGGCUUCGAAGGUGGUCAGACUACUAUUAGCGUAGAAUUUCCGAAGCGUGGUUUUCAUAAUCGGAAUGAAAAAACUUAUGCUCCUUUAAACCUUGAUCGUAUCCAACACUGGAUAAAUACCGGUAGAAUUGAUCCCUCGCAAACAAUUACCAUGAAACAUCUUUUAGAUACGAGAUGUGUACAUGGUGUUAAAGAUGGUGUCAAAUUGUUGGCUGAUGGUUCACAUUAUUUCAAAACCCCAAUUACAAUUGAGGUCGCUCGUGCAUCUCAAGCUGCAAUUAAAGCUAUUGAAAAAGCUGGUGGUAAGGUUACCUGUAGAUAUUAUAACAGACUUGCUUUAAGAGCUACUAUUAAACCAGAGAAGUUUUGGAAGAUACCAAAAUUUGCUGCUCCUGUCAAAGCAAAAGAUAUCGGUAAUUCUCAAUUUACUCUUUGUACAUUAGGUUUGUUUGAUGAUAUCUUGAUGUUAUUUAAUUUUGCUUUCAUAGAAUGGUAUUCGAAUUAUAAAAACAGAGGUUAUCUCUCUAAAAAACUUACCGGUCUGCCUAUAACUCAAUCAAAUGCUCAAAUGGCCGCAAGCACUAUAUAA